UGCUGCUGAGCUUUUGCGCCUUAUCUCAAGCCAGAGGUCUUCUUUACCAAAUGCUCUUCACUCAUCUCCAACGGCUUAUUACUGCGCUUUACUGGACCCUCGCCUGCGCUUGGCCGCUCGCCGCUGCUCCCUUACCAGGACACAAUGUUGGUCCAAAUCCCACCCGCAAUCAAGUCUCCCCUCCCUUCCAACCGCCCAAGCGUUGCCACACCACGCACGUCUACUGCUUGAGCCUUCAAGCCGCUCAUGGCGUCUAUGAAGAAUGGCUUGACACCGACGGCUCCAUCAGUUGGAGGGAUGACGCCGAGCCCUGGCGCACGUACGGUAAACGUGGAUGAGUUUCUUGUACACAGAAGGCGCGGUGUUGAUCCGCCGCACCUUACGCAGCCUUCGACGGCAAAUUUCGAGGCAAGCUACGUCUCUACUGCGAUCCGUGCGAGGAUAAGGACCUCGAAAUGUGGUUUGGCUGGAUCGAAGGAUGGAGCAACGUAAGUACGACCAGCUUUAACAUUCAAGGGACCACCUCGGACA